UUUUGGACCAAUCAGCGGUCUCAGCUCUAGGCCCCGCCCGGGAGCCUCGGAGGCAGGCGGCGCCAUGUUCCAGGGGCAGCGUGGUUGGUUCUGCCGCAGCGUCAGUCAGGACUUGAGGCAGUUCUGGGUGGACGAAGGCGGGGCAAUCAGCGAUGUCCAGGCCGCCGACUUCCUGUUCAGCUGUGAUGCCUCGCAUCCGGACACGCUGAGGUACCCAGGGCCACCCACUAGGGCCUUUCCUGUCAUCGUGUGCCUAGAGCCGCGAAGGGGAGUAGCAGUCCUGUUACCAGCACUGGGGAACAGCAAGUUUGCAGCCCUCAGUAAUAAACAUAAACUACAAGUUCAAAAUGUUAUACAAAAUCCAGAAAUUACUUUAAGAAAUAUUGGACUUGUUUUUCUUACUACAGAAAUACGAAGAAAAAAUGGUAGUUUUAUUUGGGAACAAGAUGAAAAUUUUCCAAUACAAAAGCAUGGCAGAAUAACAUCAAAUAAAAGGAAAAGCAGUGAGCCAAAAACAGGACACAAAAAAGAACUGUCUGAAAGUGCAGAGAGUCAUUUUAUAAGCACUCCAGUUGUAGAAAAGCAGAUAUACUUCCCUCUUCAGAGUUAUCCGGUGAACAACAUGGUAACAGGUUAUAUAUCAAUUGAUGCCUUGGAGAAAUUCCUUGGAAAAUUACAUGACUUCGUUCCAGGAAGCUCAGGAUAUUUGGCAUAUCAUGUUCAAAAUGAAAUUAACAUGUCUGCUAUAAAAAACAAAUUAAGGAGGAAACUAAGUUAAAUUGUACUUACAUUUAUUUUUUAUAAGAUAUUAUGACAUGCUUAUAAUUUAAAUGAGAAUGGAAAAAGAAUUACUUUCUUUCUAAACAUGUGUCCUGAGAAAACUGAAUCAUUUUGGUUCUCCCUUUUGACAUAUUCACAAAUUGAGAGUGCACAAUUAUUAUAGAAUUAUUGUCAUCCAAACAUAUACUUAGAAGAUCUCUGUCAAAUGAUUUUUUGAUUUUGACUUUAGUAUUACAUCGUAUUUUUUCUAGGUUCAGUACUGAAAUGCUAACCUUUAUGAAUCUGGUCGUGUUAUUUUGACUAACAAAGUUAGGAUGCUAUACUUGAACUCUAAAUGUUUGUUUCUGAACAUAGUGAGUCAGGUGCCUUAUGGUCCCCAUAGUAGAACAUGAGCCUAAUACUGUGCCUUAUAGGGAAAUGAAAACUUGAGAGGGUAUCUAUCCUGUUGGAGUGACUAAAUGAGGCCCAGCUCAAGCUGGGAUGUGACUUUCCUGAUUUUCUGGCCUCGUAUUUAUACUGUUUUCUUCUAUGAUUAUGCUGGAACCUCUGUGUUAAUAUUCUAUACCCUUUUUGAGACAAGGUCUCAUUGUGUUACCCAGGCUGGCCUCUAAUUCUGGGUCUCAGUAAUGCUCCUACCUCAGCAUUAUAAAUAAGCUGAAGCUGUAGGUGUGUGCCACUGGACUUGAUUUUUCUGCCUUUUAAAUGAAUCUAGAGAUGUGGCAACCUCAAGAAGGCAGUUUUGCUGUACUUGGUGAUGCUAACCUGUGGUCUCAGCUGCUUGGAUGGCUGGAGCAGGAGGAGAGAAAGCUCAAGCCAGCCUGGGCAACUUAGGAAGACCCUGUCUCAGAACAAAAGGUUAGGAAAGGCCAGUUACAAAGCUUGGUGGUACAGCACUUGCCAUUCUUGUACAAGGUCCUGGGUUCAGUUUCAGCACCACAUGAAUACAGAAACACUUCUUAUGCAGAGUUUGGUGGCUUAUUACUUUCUGAAGACAUAAAUGGGAUUACUUUUGAAGAUAUCUUGUUAGACCUGUUUGUCGUUCUGGAACAUAUAGCAGCUAUAGAAUUAUCUAAAGAAAAUGUAUCCUUUUUCUUUUUAUGCAUAUUAUUUGGAUGUAUGUGAGCCUUAGUUCUACCCUUUCUUUACAACUCAAAUUUAAUAGCAUAAAAUUCUAACUCAGCCUCCACAUUUAAGAAUUGUAUUUUGUCUGUUUGGUAGUUUUUCCUUAUUUGUUUUUGUGUCUUUAGUUAAGCCCUUCUGAACUUGUAAAUGAAAAAAAUAAACCUAUUAAUUAUCUUUUCCUGAAACAUUAAAUAUUACCUCUUCCUGAACACUUUAUCUUAGUCACAUUCUGUUGAUUAGGUUUUACAUAGAAUCUAACACUAUCUGUAGACUGAAAAUUAAUUAUUAAGAGUGUUACGUAAGUUUACACUAAGUUAUUUACAUUGGCUUAUUGUAAGAGUAUUCAGUGUUUAUCCAACAUGUACACAGUAAAUAAAAAUCUCCAACAUUUGUUUCCCAAA